AGGGAUGGAAGAAGCGAGUCUGUGCCUUGGAGUGUCCUCGGCGGCCCCCGAAGCUGAGCCCCACCUGAGCAGCCCGGUCCUUAACGGCCAGUAUGCCAUGAGUCAGAAGCUGCACCAGAUCACGUCGCAGCUCAGCCAUGCCUUCCCGGAGCUGCACCCGCGGCCGAACCCCGAGGAGAAGGCUCCCGCGCCCCUGGAUGAGAAGGCCCACAUGCCCAUGAGUGGCCAGCCCGUGGGCAGCCAGAUGGCGCUCCUGGCUAACCAGCUGGGCCGCGACGUGGACACCAGCCUCAACGGGCGCGUGGACCUGCAGCAGUUCCUCAACGGGCAGAACCUGGGCAUCAUGUCCCAGAUGAGCGACAUCGAGGAUGACGCGCGCAAAAACCGGAAGUACCCGUGUCCUCUCUGCGGCAAGCGCUUCCGGUUCAACAGCAUCCUGUCUCUGCACAUGCGCACCCACACGGGAGAGAAGCCUUUCAAGUGUCCUUACUGCGACCACCGUGCGGCUCAAAAGGGCAACCUCAAGAUUCACCUGCGGACCCACAAGCUGGGCAACCUCGGGAAGGGGCGCGGGAGGGUGCGUGAGGAGAAUCGCCUGCUGCACGAGCUGGAGGAGCGGGCCAUCCUGCGGGACAAGCAGAUGAAGAGCAGCCUGCUGCAGCCGCGGCCCGACCUGAAGCCCCCACCGCACGUGCAGCAGGCCCCGCUGACUGCCUGCAACCUGGCUCUGCCCUCCAACCACAGCGUGCCCGACGUGGCGAACCCAGUGCCGUCUCCCAAGCCUGCCAACGUGCAGGAGGACACAGUGGCCCCAGCCGCAGGCUUCCGCUGCACCUUCUGCAAAGGCAAAUUCAAGAAGCGGGAGGAGCUGGACCGCCACAUUCGCAUCCUGCAUAAGCCCUACAAGUGCACGCUGUGCGACUUCGCUGCGUCGCAGGAGGAGGAGCUCAUCAGCCACGUGGAGAAGGCCCACAUCACUGCGGAGUCUGCGCAGGGCCAGGGCCCCAACAGCGGUGGGGAGCAGUCAGCCAACGAGUUCCGCUGCGAGGUGUGUGGCCAGGUGUUCAGCCAGGCGUGGUUCCUGAAGGGACACAUGCGGAAGCACAAAGACUCUUUCGAACAUUGCUGUCAGAUCUGUGGCCGGCGCUUCAAAGAGCCCUGGUUCCUCAAGAACCACAUGAAGGUCCACCUCAACAAGCUGUCGGUGAAGAACAAGUCCCCCAGUGAGCCUGAGGUGCCAGUGCCCAUGGGUGGCAUGUCCCAGGAGGCCCACGCCAACCUAUACUCCAGGUACCUCUCCUGCCUGCAGAGUGGCUUCAUAGCCCCAGACAAAACCAGCCUGAGUGAGCCCGGCCAGCUCUAUGGCAAGGGAGAGCUGCCCAUGAAGGAGAAGGAGGUACUGGGGAAGCUGCUGUCCCCCAUCUCCAGCAUGGUGCAUGGUGUCCCCGAGGGUGAUAAGCAUUCACUCCUAGGAUGCCUCAACCUCGUGCCACCACUGAAAUCUAGCUGCAUAGAGCGGUUGCAGGCGGCCGCCAAGGCUGCAGAGAUGGACCCUGUGAACAGCUACCAGGCUUGGCAGCUGAUGGCCAGGGGCAUGGCCAUGGAGCAUGGCUUCUUAUCUAAAGAGCAUCAGCUCCAGCGCAACCACGAAGACACUUUGGCAAACGCCGGAGUUAUGUUUGAUAAGGAGAAGCGGGAGUACGUGUUAGUGGGAGCAGAUGGCUCCAAGCAGAAAAUGCCUGCUGAUUUGGUUCACAGCACUAAAGUGGGCAAUCAGAGAGACCUGCCAAAUAAGCUCGACCCUUUAGAAGGCAGUCGGGAUUUUUUGUCACAUGGGCUGAACCAGACGCUCGAAUAUAACCUGCAGGGUCCUGGGAACAUGAAAGAGAAGCCCACCGAGUGCCCUGACUGUGGCCGUGUGUUCCGCACCUACCACCAGGUGGUCGUCCAUUCCCGUGUCCACAAGCGGGACCGCCGGGGGGAUGAGGACGGGCUGCACGCGGGCCUGGACGAGCGGCGUGGCUCUGGAAGUGACCAGGAGUCCCAGUCGGUGAGCCGGUCGACCACACCGGGCUCCUCCAAUGUCACUGAGGAGAGCGGGGUUGGAGGUGGCCUCUCCCAGACCGGGAGCGCGCAGGAGGACAGCCCGCAUCCGUCCUCGCCGUCCUCCUCAGACAUUGGUGAGGAGGCUGGGAGAUCCGCUGGCGUCCAGCAGCCGGCGCUGCUCCGCGACAGGAGCCUGGGCUCAGCCAUGAAGGACUGCCCGUACUGCGGGAAAACGUUCCGGACAUCCCAUCACCUCAAGGUCCACCUGAGGAUACACACAGGUGAGAAACCCUACAAGUGUCCGCACUGUGACUAUGCCGGUACCCAGUCAGCAUCCUUAAAAUACCACUUGGAACGUCACCAUCGUGAGCGACAGAAUGGAGCUGGGCCGCUGUCUGGACAGCCCCCAAACCAAGACCACAAGGACGAGAUGUCUAGCAAAGCCUCUUUGUUCAUCCGGCCGGACAUCCUGAGGGGGGCCUUUAAAGGUCUCCCGGGAAUUGACUUCAGAGGUGGCCCUGCCUCUCAGCAGUGGACCUCAGGCGCGCUCUCCUCUGGAGAUCAUCCCGGGCAGGCCACUGGUAUGUCCUCUGAUGCUCCUCCAGAUGCACUGAAAGGGGCCGACCUUCCUUCUAAAAGCUCCCACUUCUCUGAGCUCGGCAGAGCUUAUCAAAGCAUUGUGAGCAAUGGUGUGAAUUUCCAAGGGUCGUUGCAAGCGUUCAUGGACAGCUUUGUCCUCAGCUCCUUGAAGAAGAAGGACAUGAAGGACAAAGCGCUCUCUGAUCCCCUCUCCAUCAAAGUCCACGGAGCAGAAGGCAGUGAGGAGAAACCCAGUGGUAAGUCUUCCCAGAGGAAGUCUGAGAAAUCUCAGUAUGAGCCUUUAGACUUGUCCGUGCGGCCAGAUGCUGCUUCCCUCCCAGGCUCCUCCGUGACAGUCCAGGACAGCAUCGCGUGGCAUGGUUGCUUGUUUUGUGCUUUCACAACCUCCUCCAUGGAGCUCAUGGCACUUCAUCUUCAGGCCAACCACCUGGGCAAAGCAAAACGCAAAGAGCACGCCACUGUGGGGACAGCCAACUGCAAAGAGCAGGUGCGGGAGGCCGGUAAGGUGGGCCUGCUGCCCUCGGUACAAUCAAACAAAGAGAUGGGCCUUUCCAGUACAGUGGGCUCCCUGGACUCCGCAUCAGAGAAGAUGGCCCAAGGACAGGCCAAAGAGACUCUGGGGGACCAGAAGAGUGGUGGCCCAUGGCCCAGCUCCAUGGACCCUGCAUUUUGUAACUUCCCACCUGACUUCUACAAGCAGUUUGGUGUUUACCCUGGCCUGGUUGGCUCAGGAGCCUCCAAUUCCUGUCCCAACAAGGAUCCUGAGGCAAAGACCCACCCCGAAGAUGACGCGCCAAUCCUGAUCCCCGAAACCACGAGUAAGAGCACUGCUGAUGACCUCUCAGACAUCGCCUCCUCCGAGGACAUGGACUCCUCCAAGGGAGAGAACAACGAUGAAGAAGACCUGGAGACCGAACCAGAAAUGAUGAGCAGCAAACCUCUAUCUGCCCUCAGCAAGGACAGCAGCAGCGACGGUGGGGACAGCCUGUUGCCUACCGGCACCCCUCAGCCCGUCCAGGGACUCGUCUCACCAUUAGCGCCAGCGUCGGAGAAGCAGUGGCCCAGCCCAGGUCUUCUUCCUGCCCAGGACCCCUCAGCGGGCCUGCCCAAGCCAGAGCGGGGACCCGCAGGCCUGGAGAAGCCGCUGAACAUGCUGUCGGUCCUCAGGGCCUACAGCGCCGAUGGCUUAGCAGCCUUUAACGGACUUGCAAGUAGCACAGCAAAUUCUGGAUGUAUCAAGAGGCCAGACUUGUGUGGUAAGUGACAACCUCUGUCCUAGUCGGUCUAUCUGGACUUGCCCUUGUCUGUUCGUGCUCCUCGGUGGUUAUCUGCAGCUUUUAAUCGUGUAAAGUCAAGAGAAGAAUGUAUACACAUAUGUGUGUUGAAUCAAUAAUUACGAUUGGCAUAGGUAUGUGUGUACACACGGCACACCAACCUACAGUAUAUAUAGCGAAGAAGCAGGGAGACUAAAAAUAUUGCCCCAUAUGUUCCACUAUUAGUCAUGGAUUGUGCAGGCUUCUGAACUUGUGCAGGAAAGAAAAUUCCCUCAGAGUCAUAAAUCGUGAGUGACAAAUGCUGGUGGAUUGAUGGCAGGUCCUUUCACCUGUGGAAAAACUAGCUGGGGAUCUGUCCUACCAGCUCACCUGGGCUUAGAGGUGGGCCUUGCGCUGGUCUUGUGGGCAUUACUGCUUGUGUCUGAUUGUCCUGUAUUUUGUAACACUUUUAGAAGACUACAGAAAAGUGCAGUAAUUAUCUUUCACCAUAGUAUUUAAGCAGAAACAUUGCUAGUUUAAUAUUGUGUCAGGUUGUCGUAUUAACCAGGAACACAUGACAGUAAAAUUCCAGCGAGCAGCCCCUUGACAUUCACAACUUAAAAAAAAAAAAUGAUGAUUGAAGCAAAAUGUGUAAACUUGUACUGGGUUAUCAUGUGCUUUGGAAUAGAGUAUUGUUGAAGUAAUUAGAAGAUAUAUUAAGGUGUUCCUGGUAAUGAAGGCAUGUAAGUUAUCAUAAUUGUAGCUUUCUGAAUAAGUGUCAAACUAUAUCUUUAAGUGUGCUGUAUGCUGAGUUACAAGUUAGGUCAUUUAUGAAUGGAAUGUAAAACAAUACUAAAAAUGCUUCAAUAACUUAUCUUGGUAUUGCUAAUAAAAAAAAAGCUGUGAAACAUUA